AUACAAAUCGCCAGUACCAUCUGGGAGAUAAAACCAAAACGAAACAACCAAGUGUUGACCUAUAACGAUCAGAAGCACUCUUGCACUCAUGAAUUCAGAGAUAGAGCAAACAAAUAACUCAGAACCAACUUCGGUUACAGCUACCACCAGUAAUGGCGUGGGGGCAAACUCAGCAACAGCAACCACCACCACCACAACAACAACACCUGAUGUUGACAACAUACAGGUCAAACAAGAACAAAGAAGACCAAAGUUAGAACCAUCAAGAGAAUCAUCAAUGGAUACAACACCAUUGACAAACCAACAACCUAUGCAUGAGAUAGUAGGUGGAUCUUCUGUAAGACGAUACCUUAACGAACAUUUAACAAAACAUUUACUAGAAGGGUUGAAAGAAGUCAGUCAAGCUAAACCAGAAGAUCCAUUGCGUUAUUUAGGUGAGUUUCUCAUAAAUAGAUCUGAAGAAUUGAGCAAGUGAGGAGUGUAUUUAUAUUACUUUGUAUUAUUAAAUAGAAUUGCAUGUAUAAAAGCUAAUUGUUAAACGGGACAUUUUCUUUCUACUUAUAACACCAGGUUAACCUGUUAAUGAAAGCUUAAGUUAACUCUGAAUUAUCUAAUCUAGUUUAAUCAUUCAAUUAUUCAUAUUUAUUCCUGUUUAGAUUCAAUUCUGUAGUGUUGAUCCCU